GGAGGUAACAGUCUAUUUAUUAUUGUCGUUUAUGCUUGAAAGAAUAAGUAGAGAAGUUUGGGUGGGAAAAUAGAUUAUCAAUUUGAAUAGAGUCAAGUUGAAUUUUUCUGUACCGCACUUUUUUAACAUUGUGGACUCUAUUAGGAAGUGGAUUCCAUGCACUUAGUAGUCAACCACGCUCGGGAGCGCUCGUCUUGAUAGUAGUACUUUCUCAUCUUAAAUAGCAAACUACUGUAUAUUAAUUAUACUCAAUUUAGGCUUCGAGCGAUCGAAUCAACAUUGACUAUGAUGGUGUACAACAUCAGAAAAAAAAACCCAUCAAAAUAAGCAUUUUCAUUGUUCCUGGAAAAGAGUUGUUCCCUUUCUUUUCUUUUCGAAAUUUUGUUCUGCAGCCUUUUAUAGUACUCAUAUAUAUACCAUGACACGGCCACAGGCAAAGGCUGGAGUGACAGAGGCAUCACCUUUACUGCAGGCUGACGAACACAAGCCCUCAUAUAACGCUGAUACUGUUCCAAUAAUAGAAGAAAGUUCUGAUGGAUGCAUUAUUGAAGUAGUCACAUCUUCAUCAACCACUACAAUUGAAAAUGCUUCGGCAAAGACACUUACAGAUGAAGAAAUUGUAUCGAAACGGUUGAAUGGCGCAUCUGCAUCCGUUGUCAUGGUUGGGCUUUGGAUUGGUGUAGGUUUGGCGGCAUUGGAUGGCUCUAUUGUUGCAGCCAUUUAUCCUCAAAUCGGUACAGAGUUUAAAAGGUCAAAUGAAAUUGUUUGGAUUGCAACAAUGUACUUACUAAGUUACACUGCUCUUCAGCCAUUAUACGGCCGGAUUUCAGAUGUCUUUGGCAGAAGAACAGCCUUACUAUUUGCUUCUAUUGUAUUUUUCAUUGGGUCCGCCAUGUGCGGUGCAUCCAAUGACUUACUGACUCUUAUCGUCUCAAGAACAAUUGCUGGUAUUGGUGGUGGAGGUUUGAAUACAAUGUCAGCUGUUAUUAUGAGCGAUCUGGUAUCUAUUCGUGAAAGGGGAAAAUAUCAAGGUUACGCUAAUGUAGCCUAUAGUGCCGGUUCUGUGAUCGGUGCUCCGUUGGGCGGCAUCAUUACUGAUAGUAUAGGAUGGCGAUACUGUUUUUACAUCAACCUUCCUCUUUUACUUCUUUCUCUUUACGUUGCUAUUUGUGUUUUGACGGACUAUAACCUAACAGAAAAUCGGAACACUGGCUCUUUUUUCGAACGACUAAAAAAGAUUGACUACUUGGGAUCCUUAGCUGUUGUCGUUACUGUCAUUUGCUUCUUACUGGCCACUUCCAUGGGCGGCAACUCUCGUCCUUGGAGCGACCCGCUUGUAUACGGCCUCUUAAUCUUCUCGUUCUUUUCCGGUGCUGUAUUUUGUUAUAUUGAAGCUAAGAUUGCUGAAAAGCCCUUGAUGCCUUGGAAAAUUAUUACCUCACGUACACCAUUUGCAUGUGCUAUGACCAAUUUCUUUAGUGUUAUGGGAUCUAUGUCAGUAACCUUUACUACGCCCAUUUUCUUUCAAGGCGUUCUGGGCUACACUACUUCCCAAGCAAGUUUGUUUUUCCUGCCUAAAGUGGUUGCUUUAACUUGUGGCUCGCUAUCUGCUGGGUAUUGGAUGGCAAGAAAAGGCGAAUAUCAAAAGUACAUCACCUUCUCAACAUCGAUGGGAAUGAUAGCAAUGUUCUUGACUAGUUUCUGGACAACAGAUACAUCUUUUAGCUUUAUCAUUCUCUGUCUUGUGUUAGAUGGGUUUUCUUCGGGAUCAAAUAUUACGACUACCUUGGUGGCGAUGCUUUCGUGUGUUGAACAUAGCGGUAAAAUGGCUAGCUUUUUUUUUGAAUUUUACAAACUGUAUACUUUCGUAAAGCAUAUUAAAGAAACUUUUUUUUUUUGGGAAAAUAUAACAGAAAUGGCGACAACAACUUCUGUAUCGUAUUUAUUCCGUUCUACGGGUGGUGUAGUAGGUAUUUCAGUCAUUUCGACUGUAUUUCAAGGUACAGUUAAGAAACUUUUGACUGAACGAAUUACAGGACCCAAUGCAAAAGAGAUUAUUGAAAUUGCACGUAAAUCUAUCAAUGAAGUCCGUACAUUGCUCCCACCUGAUGCGUUGGCCAUUGUCUUGGAUACUUAUGAAACUGCGAUACGUUAUUCCUUUUAUUUGUGUGUUUUCAUGUCUGUCCUGUGCUUUUUAUCUGCCUUAUUCAUUCAGCAAUUUACAUUAGCAAGUAAAAUAAAGUAAUAAAGAAGUAUUGAAAUUUGUUUGUAUAGAACGCAACAUGCAUUGGUGUCAGUAUUAGUCAGAGAGA